UCCAAUCACAGAGGAUCAGAUUCUCUCCCUGGAUUGUUCACUUAUAUUUAGAGGAACAAGCUCUGCUGAAAAGAGAGCUUAAUGUACCAAACCCCUCAUCAAAACUUUGUUUGAUCACUUACCAUUUUACAAAGUAUAGCAACCUCUAUAAUCCUUAAAGAAGAGAGAAAUUAGUGAGAGAGAGAGAGAGAGCAUAUAACUUAGUAGAGAUGGGUGAGCUGGUGGAUGUACACUCGGGCCCAGCAACGAGACCAGGGUUGGAAACGUUGGUCAUCUCCGCACCUCCACUUCAACUCAAUUGCCCUUCAAUGACUCGGUCGCCUCUGCUUGAUUCAGCCCCAAAAACCCCCAAGAGUCCCUUUGUUACACGUCUGAUGACGCCUGUAGCUAGCCCCAUGAAAAAGGCAAUUGCAAGCAUGCAAGGGUACUUGGAAGAAGUUGGACAAUUCACCAAGCUUGAUCCACAGGAAGCUUGGCUUCCCAUUACUGAGUCGAGGAAUGGUAACGCAUACUACUCAGCAUUUCACACUCUGAGUUCAGGAAUAGGAUUUCAAGCACUUGUUCUUCCGCUAGCUUUCACCACUCUUGGUUGGGUCUGGGGUGUUAUAUGUCUAUCACUGGCUUUUGUUUGGCAGUUAUACACCCUAUGGUUACUGAUUCAGCUGCAUGAAUCAGAAUCUGGGAUGCGGUACAGCCGAUAUCUCCGACUUUCCAUGGUAGCUUUCGGAGAAAAACUAGGGAAACUGCUGGCUCUUUUCCCCAUCAUGUAUUUAUCAGGGGGUACCUGUGUGACCCUGAUCAUGAUCGGAGGUGGGACCAUGAAGAUAUUCUUCCAGAUCGUGUGUGGGAACACAUGCAGCGUGAAACAUCUCUCUGUCGUAGAGUGGUACGUGGUGUUCACUUGCUUAGCCAUUCUCCUGGCCCAACUUCCCAACCUGAACUCUAUAGCUGGAGUUUCCCUGGUCGGGGCAAUCACCGCCAUCAGCUAUUGCAGUUUGAUAUGGAUCGUGUCUAUUACCCAAGGUAGGCCAGAGGGCGUGUCCUAUGACCCGCCUGCGGCAAACUCGGAAGUGGCCAGGCUUUUCGGUAUUUUUAAUGCACUUGGAAUAAUUGCCUUCGCUUUUCGAGGCCACAAUCUCGUGCUGGAGAUACAGGCGACAAUGCCUUCCAGUGGAAAGCACCCUUCCCGUAUACCGAUGUGGAUAGGAGUUAAGUUGGCUUACUUGAUUGUUGCAACCUGCUUGUUUCCCCUUGCAAUCGCUGGCUUUUGGGCUUACGGAAACUUGAUGUCUGAAAAUGGAUGGAUCCUCAGUGCUUUGUACAAUUACCACAAACUCGACACAUCAAAGCUGCUUCUGGGGCUAGCAAGCCUACUCGUUGUAAUUAACAGCCUCAGCUCAUUCCAAAUAUACGCUAUGCCAGUGUUCGACAAUUUGGAGUUCAGGUAUACAAGCAAAUGGAGAAGGCCAUGUCCAAGGUGGUUGCGCACGGGGAUCAGAGUUUUCUUUGGAUGCUUGGCAUUCUUUAUUGCGGUGGCGCUACCAUUCUUGCCAAGCUUGGCGGGACUGAUUGGAGGGAUCGCAUUACCGAUCACCCUGGCAUAUCCUUGUCUCAUGUGGUUGAUAAUCAAGAAACCUCAGAUAUUUAGUCCAUCUUGGUGCCUCAACUGGGCUUUGGGAGUGUUAGGGAUGGUCCUCAGUGUCCUGGUGACCACUGGAGCAAUAUGGGGCAUAGUGACCAAGGGAAUACAACUUCGCUUCUUUAAACCCCAGUGAGCGACAGCUGCACGAUUAGAGAUGUCGCGAAUCGAAACUGAUCAACAAGCCUUGGAUCUCCUCAACCCAAUGCCCACGCAGUGAAAGAGCCACCAUAUCAAACAUGUGCAACAUCUUUGAAUGGUUCUAUAAUCCCUGUGCACUGGCUUGGGUCUUGGUUUAUAAAUAUAUACAUAUCAAACCUCCUGUACUUAUAUUUACAUAAAUGAAAUCACCUUAUUAACA